AUGACUUUUCAUCGUAUAAACCAGUACAAGGAAAAGAAGGCAGGAAAGGUUAUGCCGACAGCAAAGUCGCACACAUCGUCCAAAAUAUCAAUAGAUCGACCUCUUCCUAGGGCUCCAGCCCCUGGUAAUUUUAAUGUCAAUUAUACCACAUUAGAAGUAAGAAUACCCAAUUAUACAUUUGGAAAAGCAAAAGAGUUGGCAGGAGCAGGUGGAUUGAUUGCUGUCUGUCUUGGAAAAAGACACAGUGACGGUAUUGUUGUACUGGCCAAAGUUUCACCCCACUCAGUACGUUUAGAACGAGAGUUUUAUGUUUCAAAACGAAUGCAUUCCUUAGCAGGUGGAGAACAGUUUAUUGCCGACGCCACUGAAUAUGUUUCUCUUGUCCAGGAUGGUUUAGCAGCCAUUAUAUACAGUAAUGUGAAACAAACAGACUGCAUUUACUUCGAGCAAGAUCAAAAGUUAAAAUACCAAUCCCUCUAUUCACUUGGACAGUUGACGAACACUGGAGACUUUUGGAAAGUACCUGUAGAGUCGUGCAUACCAAGGUUUAUCAACUCUUCUCUCGACAUGUUUCUUGAUUUUGCAAUUGAAUGUUGUUCAGCACUUCAGUUUCUACAUGAAAAUGGUGUUGUUCAUGGCGAGUUAAGACCAAGUGCCUUUCAAUGCGGAUAUACCGAUGGAAAGCUACAAGUGAAGAUCUGGAAUUUCGGCGGCGGAUUAAAUUCCUAUGAGGAAUUACUUUUGACCAGUUCCAGAUGGCGAUCUUUUAUGGCUACCACAGACGGCUCAAGUAACACCAACAAUAGUUUAAUACCCACACCUCCACCACUUCCUCCCGUGCCAAUCACUUCCAGAUUCAAUCCACACUUACAUGAUAAUCUCAACGAAGAACCCAAUUAUUUCUCUGACAUGACUGUCCAGAACAGAAAACCUAAUUCAAGUCGAUUUUACUCUCCCAAAGAAUUUCAGACUUCUCUAAUUUAUGUUAGUCCAGAACAAACAGGUCGGACAUCCAAUGCUCUGGAUCAUCGUGCAGACUUGUACUCCCUUGGAAUCAUGUUUUAUGUCAUUUUGACCGAUCGAGCCCCUUUUGAAGGAAGUGCUAUGGAUGUAGUUCAUUCGAUUCUGUCAAAAAAUGUACCUCUUGUACAUACCAUCAGAAAAGAUAUUCCACCCGUUAUCAGCUCAAUCAUUGAUAAACUAACAAGAAAGACAGUAGAUGAAAGAUAUGACAGCGCAUAUGGUUUAAGAGAAGAUUUAAUCGAAUGUAAAAAAAGAGUUGCUGCACUAAAUCCAGACGAGUCCUUGGUAUUCUUUCCUUUGGGCUUACGUGAUGUGAAUCCCGUAUUUAAAAUAUCCGAUAGAACAUAUGGACGUAACAGGGAAACCGAAUUAAUCAGCAAUAUUAUUCAAAACACAUACACUAUACAUCAAGUUGAGAAAAGAAAGACCAAGGAGAACGAUAUAGACGAGGCAAAAUCAACUGAUAUACAAUCCAGUACAUUAAAGGAAGCUGAUACAUUGCUAAGGACCAAUGCUUCCACAUCCUUGGAUAAUUCAAGCUGCCAAGUCAUCGUUUUGAAAGGUCCAGGCGGAAUAGGCAAAACCACAUUGGUCACUACUUUAAAUGCUCAAGCUCGUCAUUGCGGCUAUACUGCUUCCGCUAAAUUCGACAAAAAUCAAAAGAGACCUUAUAAUGGCUUGCUACGAUGUCUAUCUUCUAUCUUGAGACAAUUAUUGACCGAGUCCGAACAUGUCGUACGGGAAUUUUAUAAGGAUUUAAAAGAUAAUUUAGGUCCCCAGUUCAGUAACGUCAGAUUAAUGGUAAAUAUGGUGCCAGAAUUAAGACCCAUCUUGUAUGAUUAUAGAGAAAAAGUAAAUGUGCCCGAUGAUGAUGCUCUUUCAUCCAUAUUAAACACCGAAACAAGAUUUCACGCAGUUUUUCUAAACAUCAUACGAUGUAUCGCAAGAAAAAAAAUGAUUACUUUGUGCCUGGAUGAUCUACAAGAGGCAGAUGAACCGUCUAUUCAUUUAAUCAGUGCACUUAUCUUAUCACGUACCACAAUGCUUGUUAUACUCACCUUCCGAGAUGGAGAUGAAACACCACGUCGAGUUAUUGAGAUUCUUGAGAAAUGUGGCAACCCUGUCACCAUUAUCCAACUUUAUCCAUUAGGCAAUGAAGUCUUACGAGACAUGGUUCUUGACACAUUCUAUAAUACACACAGGACCACCACAAUUCAAUCGGAUCUUGCACAAGAGCGAGAGGACAGAUUAAAUGUGAUCCAACCGCUUGUAGACAUCAUCUACAGCUGGACUCGAGGUAACCCAUUUUACGCUAAACAGUUUUUAAAGACGAUGAAACGAAAAGAGGAUAUCUGGUUUGAUUGGGCUGAAAAACAUUGGAAGUUUCGUCUGGACAAUAUUACAAAGCUAUUUAAUCAUUCACCUACACACGGGAAAAAGACCUCGAACCACGAAAUUUUGAUGAUGACUGGCCAUUUAGAAAAUACAAAGAACAGCCAGGAACUAUUCGAUGUCAGAAAUUUGGUGUCGCAUUUACGUUCAUUGGAUUCAAACUCACAGCAUUUCUUAAUGUGGGCAAGUCUAAUUGGACAUGUAUUUAACUUUAGAAGAAUUAAAUGGUUGAUGAUGGCGGGUGAUAUUACAUCGGAUGAUAACAGUAGUGCAAGUAGCAAGAGUGAUGCGAUAGGAUUGGAAGAGGAAGAGAAAAGAUCGAGUCAGGCUAUCUUGGGCCUUCAGACUGCACUUAGUGAAGGUAUCGUUCAAUUUAAAGCCGGUAACGAUUUUCACUUCAUCCAUGAUCGCUAUUAUCAAGCAGCUUCCAUGUUGAUCCUUGACCCAGUGCAACGCGAAACCAUGCAUUUAAAAAUCGGACAAAUGCUCAUGCUGGAAGAAGAAGUAGAGGAAGAUGACAACGUGUUCUUGAUUGCUGAUCAUUUUGUAAAAAGCGCUCGUUUGAUUCGAUUUCUUGACAAAACAAAAUGUUAUCGAGAUGUAUUGAUUCGUGCUGGUAACGAAGCAACGCUUUCGGGUGCAUUACAGAUAUCCGCUACUUAUUAUGAAUGCGCCAUUUCUCUUUUAAACGAAAAUAUUGAACAACGUUGGGUGGAUGGCCCCGAUAGCUUCUUUUCAGAAACUCUCAAUUUGUACAUGAAAACACUCGAACUGAAUUGGUUGAAGAAUACAGAGGAUGAAAGUACUACUCAUGAUAUAUCCGCAGAUACACGAGAAAGCAUGUUAAAACAGAUUAUGGAACAUACACAGGAUUUCCCUGUUGAAAGAGCUCAAGCAUGGAGAAUCCAGGCUCGUAUUUUCUUCCAGCAGUCUGAAUAUCGAAAGGGUAUUCAUAAUAUUUUGCAAGGCUUGGAAGAAUUAGGGAUCGUCGUCGAUUUGAAUAUCACCGACGAAGGUGUAUUGCAAUACUAUCAUGAUUUCAAGCCUAGUAUUACAAAGCCUGGUCUUGAGAUUCUUUCGAAAUUGGGUCCAUGCCAAAAUCAGAAGCAAAUGGCAAUUAUGACAUUGUUAAAUGAAGCUUGUACAGGCGCUUAUUGGGUAAACCCUAUAUUGGUAGAUUUCUUUGCGCUCAAGUUAUGCGAACUUUCCCUUCGUCAUGGUUACACUCCGGCAAGUGGUGGUGGAUUCAUUUGGGUAGGCUGCACUGCCACACGGGCCUCCGAGUUUACUUUUGCUGCACAAUUAGGUCAGUUUGGUGUUGCUAUUAGUGAGAAAUAUGCGGGCAAUUCUGAAAUAGCAAGAGCAAUUAUUGUUCAUCAUGCCAUGUUGGCCCAAUGGACCGGUGUUCAUGUGAGAGAGUAUAUUUAUCAAUAUCAACGUGCUUACAAAUAUGCACUUGCUGGUGGAGAUAUGUUAUUUUCAUCAAUGGCGUUAUUCCAUGUGGCAAGUACGCUGUAUUGGACUAGCUGUAAUUUAUCAGAAUUGCAUUGGCAUUUAAAUCAUUCGAUGGAAGAAUGCGAUAAAGGAAGCUCUAAAGAUGUCAUGAUUUUGAAUAUCUCACUAUGGAGAUCUGUUCUGGUAUUUCAAGGAAAGACAAACGCUACUGACGAUCCCGAGAAAUUAAUGAAUGAUCCCGAUAGUAAUUUUGAUGAGCCUUCGUUUGUAGAAGAUUUAAAAAGUCAAAGUAUCAACUCUGGAAACCCUCUAAACUGGCAUUACAGUUUUAAAAUGAUAUUAUUGUUCCAUUUUGGGUUUACAAAAGCAGCUUCGGAAUUAGGAUUUAAAAUUUUCGAUAACUCAGUCAAUGAAGCUGUACAUCGUCAUGUUGGUAUUGCUAUGUACUAUCAUAGUAUAGCAGUCGUAGAGUCGCUUCGUGAUCCAAGUCUCGAUCCAGAGAUCCGAGAGAAAUACACUUGUCAAUUACAAAAGAAUAGAAAAAGACUAAGCGAACUUGCAGAUCAUUCAGAAGUCAAUUAUCGAAUGUAUCAAAAGAUUGUCGAAGCAGAAGUAUCCACAAUGGAAAAUGAUAUGCCUCGAACCCUCAAAUUAUACGACGAAGUCAUUGAACUCGGGUUAAAAGGAAAUUGGUAUUCUUUCUCGGGUUUGACUUUUGAAUUGGCUGCACAAUAUUAUAUGCGUAGUGGGUUGAGUAUGCUGGCCAUACCCUUAUUGUCUCGUUCCAUCGAGUUUUACGCCCGCUGGGGAGCGUUCGGAAAGGUAGAGUAUCUCAAAAAGAAAUAUAAGGACGAGUUAAAAACCCAAUCCGUGUCCGGCUCUGAAGACAUGGCUGUCCAAACCGAAGAUGUGAUUGUAGGCACAACAACUGUAAUCGAUAAAGUUUUAAAUGUGUGGGACAACAAUAGUGACGGAACAACUCCUGAUUCCUCACUUAAAGAAUUAUACAAUAAUGAAAAUCCUCCAACAGCUAUCGCAACAACAAUUACACAAGAAGAAGCACAAGAGGUGCAUGAGGAAACUUUGUUCUCUCUGGAUAUGGUUGAUUUAACUUCCAUUAUCAAGAGUUCUCAAGUUAUUUCAAACGAAAUGAAUUCAUUUGACGAGCUUUUAAAGAAAAUGAUUGGUAUUAUCAUGAUUAAUUCGGGCGCAGAAUCUGGUGCUAUUAUUAUCAAGGAAGGAUUUUUUGGAAUAGCGGCUUAUUCUAUUCGAUCUACCGAGCCCACAUGUCAAACCUUUGAACCACCUAUCCCGCUGCGCGAUGAUGAUGACAAAAUUACUACUUCAAUAGUCCAUUAUGUCAUUCAUACACACACAAACCUGUUCAUUCCAAAUGUGGAAGAUGAUUCACGUUUUGCAACAGGUUCCAACGGCCAAAGAAAAUGUGCAGUUAUCUGUAUGCCAAUUAUGCACAAGAGCACAAUUGUGGGGGUUUUGUACCUACAAGCCAACCUCAAUACAUUCACCAAUAAGCAUGCCAAUGUUUUGGCUCUUUUAUGUGACCAGAUCGGUAUCUCUAUCACCAACGCUCUUCUAUUUAAAUCCGUACAAAAGGCCACAAAAGCCAACGCCCUUAUGAUCGAAAGCCAACUCAAGGCACUAGAAGAAGCACGUGCCAGUCGAGAACAAGCGCUUCGGGCCACCAAGAUGAAAUCGAAUUUUUUGGCCAACAUGUCUCACGAGCUGCGCACACCCUUUUCAGGUUUCUAUGGCAUGAUUUCGUUAUUAAGUGAAACAAGAUUGGACGCUGAACAACGUGAGUUUGUGUCGAUUGCCAAACAAAGUUGUGAAAUGCUGUUGCAUAUCAUUGACGAUUUAUUGGAUUUCUCCAAGUUGGAAGCGCACAAGGUAAAACUGCACUAUGGCUUGUUUUAUAUCGAGGAUUUGAUUGCGGAUCGAAUGGAGUUGCUCAUUACGUUAGCGACCAACAAAAAUGUGGAGUUGUCCUAUUUUAUUGAUGCUGAUGUCCCUUCCAUUGUGUAUGGUGAUGGUAAUCGAAUUGGUCAAAUUUUGAUGAAUUUAAUCGGAAAUGCGAUUAAGUUUACGCACCACGGUGAAGUCGUUGUACGAUGUGGUAUUGAUAAUGAUGUCAAUGAUCCGGAUCAUGUCACUUUAAAGAUAUCCGUGCAAGAUACCGGUAUUGGUAUGACAGAAGAUGAAAUCAAAGGAUUAUUCUUGCCAUUUAGUCAGGUUGAUGGUUCAACUACAAGAAACUUUGGUGGAACGGGACUAGGUCUUUCCAUUUGUCUUCAACUGGUGAGAUUGAUGCAUGGUGACAUUCAGGUUAAAUCAACGCGUGAUAUCGGAUCCUUAUUUACAUUCAAAAUACGCGUAAAAAAUGGUGCAUCUGUAGCUGAACCUAACGCAGAUGACCCGCGUGCCAGUUCAAUGAAUUUAUUAAUCACCCAAUUGGGUCAACCUCGUAUCCUCAUGGUCUGCUUUGAUAGAGUCAAAUCUAUGAUCGAAUCAUUUAUACCCUGGAUCGAACGUUUAGAAAACCGAGCCAAUAUGGAUGAUGCAAUUUCGCUGGCCCUCAGAAGUGCGGCGCAAGGAAUUCCAUAUGAUUGUAUCAUUAUUGACUCCCCCUUAACUGAAGCCAUGACCAAAUUAGUUGCUGCAAUUGAAAAGAAUCCUCAACUUCAAAAUAUGCGUGUACUUUUAUUGAUUGCACCCACCGUAGAGAAUAUUCGUCGUCAUUUUGCAAAUUCAGGAAUCACAAAUAGCAAUGAAUCACCCCGUCUUCAUCAAGUAUUUCAUCCAUCGGUUACACAAUUAUCCAAGCCCGUACGACGCGCAAAGCUUUUGACAGUGCUUGUCAAGCUGCUUUCGAGCCCAGUGGUGACGAUUGUUUCACCCAGCGAGAGUGCAGAUUACAAGUCCUCAGAGAUUGUGUCCCCUGUAAGUGCCACUACUACGAAGCGACUGAAUAUAGGUCUUCGUGUCGAGCUAUCCCCUUACUCUACGCAAGGAAACCAAGGGUUUUUACCGGAAGAAUUAGCGAUCUUUAAAGGUCAACGAAUUCUCGUGGCUGAAGAUAACUUUAUUGCACAGCGACUGAUUGUAAAGCAGCUAGCAAAAUUAGGAUUUGUGGUGGAUAAAUGUAAUAAUGGAUUCGAAUGCUUUGAUACUUGGAAAUCGAAAGAUCCCGGGUAUUAUAUCUUGGCUUGGAUAGAUCACCAUAUGCCUGGUUGCGAUGGUUUAGAAGCUACACGCAUGAUUCGAAGAUACGAAAAAGAAAUGAACUGUAUACCUGCUUUACCGAUUAUUGCACUUACAGCUGACAUACAAUCUACCGCUCAAGAUAAUUGUUUCAAUGCUGGUAUGAAUGAUUAUGUCACUAAACCGCUUAUGCAAAAGGACCUUGCUACCAUUUUGAGAAAAUAUUGUUUAGGUCCCACAAUCAUCUAA